GCUGCCCGCCCGGCUCCUCCUCCCCCGCCCUGCACCGCCCGCCCGCCGCCGGCCCCUCCCUGCCGUGCGGCGGCGGCGCAGGGGAGCGGGGUGCCCCGGGCCCGGAGAUGUGACCCCCAUGGACGCCGGCCAGCCGCGGCGGGGGGCGGCCUGGCUGCUGGUGCUGCCGCUGCUCCUGCCGCCGCCCCCCGCGGCGCACACAGGAGAGUUGUAUUGUUCUUUGCCCAGCCCUAGGAACGUCCACUUUGAAUCUAUAAACUUGAAGAAUGUCCUCCACUGGUCAGCACCAGAAGGCACAGGAGAUGGAGUAUUCUACAAGGUGAAGUAUUCAGUAUACGGCAUUGGCAAAUGGAUUAGAAAGCCAGAAUGCAGGAAUAUCAACAGAACAUGGUGUGACCUCUCCAGUGAGACUUCUGACUACGAAGAACAAUACUAUGCAAGCGUUAAAGCCUUCCUAAAUGGGAUGUGCUCUGACUGGGUGGAGACCACACGGUUCAACCCUCUUACAGACACUAAAAUUGAUCCACCCAUGGUAAGUGUAUCUUCUACUGAGAAAUCUAUUUCGAUCAUUCUUACGGCUCCUGAGAAAUGGAAGAGAAGUCCUGAGGGAGAAUCCGUAUCUCUGCUUCAAGUGUAUCCUGGCCUGCAAUAUGACGUGUCUGUCCUUAACAAAAAAACAAAGAAGCGGUGGUUCUUCUCCAUCAGCAACAAUACUUUGGUUGUGCCCUGGUUAGAACCUGGAACAGCUUAUUGUGUCAGUGCACAGAUACAUGUAACCACACCACUUUUGCACAGUGGGUUCUCCAAAGAAUAUUGCAUUGCUACCUUGAAAGAUAAAACAGCAGAUGAGACUAUAACGAUCAUAUUUGGAUACAUUCUGCCUAUCAUGCUGGCUGUCCUUUUUAUUUCAGUGACAUGCUACUGUGUGCACAGGUAUAUUCAUGUCAUCAAACAGAAACAUCCAACAAACCUGGUAUGGCACUACACUGACAGAUGCAAGGAAAAGGUUUUCAUACCAUGUGAACAAGUAGUGGUUAACCUUAUCACAGUUAACGUGGAUGAAUACAAGCCAUCUCAGGAAUCCAAUCAUCUAUCUGAAAAGAAAAGUCCCCGGUAUUACACUGUUUACGAUGGCACCAAAGGGAAGGAUUUGCCUUCAAAAGAAGUGCUGGAAACAAAACACUUGCUUGAUAUUUCACACAAAGAGACUAUUUUAGUGGAAUGGGACCAAACUGGGAACUGGCCAUCUUGUGGCCAGCCUGGAACAAUGAAUACUUCAAGGCAGAAGAAUGCAGGGACUGUAGAGUAUGAACAUGAUGUAAGGGCUGAAGAUUUCAGUCCCAUUCAGAAACUAGAAGAGAAGGCUUCUGCUCCCAGGGGACCACUAGGUGAGCCACAGGUUGCUUUGGGGGACUUGGUUAAUAUAAAAACAGGACAGCCAUAUUGCCCCCAACUAGAUGUGAGGGCAGCAGACCCUUGUUUGGGACAGAAAAUGGAGGAACUUAAUUUGAAGAUGGUUGAUGCAGCAGGUGAACUGCCAGGUGAGACCCAUAUCAACUUGGUGGACUUGGAUACGGAAGAAUCUGGGCAGACAUCCUAUCCUCAACUGGAAAAAAAAGCACAGGUCCUCAUGGAGAAAGAGAGUGAACAGACCAUAGUAGUAGAUUGGGAUCCUCAUACUGGAAGACUCUAUAUUCCUGCAUUGUCCAGUGUUGAAGAUCAGGUGUGUAAAGGGAUAUUCAAGUGUGAUGAUCCUGAAAAAGAGGGAAUUUUGUCCAGAUUGUAUGAGAAAGAGGUACCUGACAAAUCAUCAGAGGACCAAGAAAUGUAUCUCCUGCAGUUCAAGGAACAAUGGGGACUGCAUGUAGAAAUGGAAGACUGAACAAAGAUUUUCUGAAAUAGUUUAAAAUGCAAAAUCUUGUUUACUUUGCCAAAGAGAGUGAUGGACUUAGCAGACCAAAUACAUCUUAAUAUAUUGAAGUUUUUGGAGCCAUCACAGUUGAUAAGCUUGUCCACAAGGUGUUAUUUAUAACAGUUUCCAGGCGUAAUAUGAGUGAUUUUGACUUUCAUCAUAAGCCUCUCAGGUAAAAGAUGACGAUUAUGAAACUAUCUUCUUUUUAAAAAUACAUAUAUUUUUACAUGGUAUGCCAUCAUGACUUUGACAUUGUAAUUCCUACCAAAACAAAUUAGCAAUGUUUGAGAGCAGUUAUUUUUAGCAAAUAAAAAGCAACAAUAUGACA